AUCAAUAUUUGUAGUGUUCCAUGUAAACAUUGCAGCGUGGUAUUUUCAUUUGGGUACCGUUUUUAUUUUACUCACUUCCAGAAAUGGGGAAGCUUGGCAAAUUACAGAAAAGCAGAAAAAAUAAAAAACUUAAGAAUGUUGACGCUGAAUACUCCAAUGAACCUAGAGGAUCUAAAAAGAAAAGACCUGCCAACUUGGCACCGAAAAAUGAUGAGCAGGAUAUGCCAAAGAAAGUACAGAAUAUUAUGAAAUAUAAGAAGAAAACGCCCAAACAAUUUCAGAACGAGCAUACAAGAAAAAAAGGAAAGAAGCCUGUUUACAUGGAACGGGGAAUGACAAGACCUAUGGCAGCAUCCCCAAAAUUCAUUCAAGGGAAACGAGAGAAGAGCAAGGAUUUCAUGAAGAGAGUUGAAGUAGAGACAAGAAAAGUUCUCCAUCGACAUCAACUGUCCCAGAAAUUUAAGAUGGAUUUAGAUGCAAUGGAAGCAGGAGAAAUUAAAAAACAUAAGAAAAAGAUGAACGAAAAACAAAAAGAGAGAUUACUUCUGAAAAAGCAUAAAAAAUCAGAAAAGAAGGGCAGAGAUGUGGAUGAAUUUAAGGAUUAUGAAGAUAAGGUGAAGUUUGGAGAGGUGGUUUAUGAGCCUCCGUCCCUCACAGCUCUACCCAGGAAAGCUGUCAAGGAGGAUUCGGUACCCAGACCUGGCAAGAAAUCUCUGCUUCUGAAGGAGAUCAUCGCCGACAAUGCCUCCAUCACCCCAGCCAGUGUAGGAUCUUCAUCGAAGCGUGAAAUUGGACAGUCAGUCAAGCGUAAACAUAUGUCAAUGGCACAGCAAAGUAGAAUGGACAGAGAAAGAGAGAAUGCAAUAUUACUGUAUAGACAACAGAAACAAAGAAAAUUAAACCCGUCCUGACGGAUCUGCAUA